AUGGCCGACUCCAACAGCGCUGGUAGCCGCCGGCCGGCCUACCCUGCCGGAACGAUCGCCAAAGUGUCGACCGAUAUUCUCAACGAGACUUUCCACAAUAUCAUUCAUGACCUGGUUGCCAAAGUCCACCGGGAGGAGAAGGUGGCGCGCAUGCGCUCCGCCGCGGUCGUCGCCCGACAAAAGGCCGAGGAAGAGGCGACCGUCCCAGAUGAGACGGCCAGCAAGACGGCCGGGGAUGCAAAGAAGGAAGUUGUGAUUGAUCCCCAUAAAUUGGCUACUGUGCGCCUCGAGACCAACGCGGCUAUCUUCGAGCAUGGCAAAGUCUAUCUGAAGGGCAACCCGCUGCACACGGUCACGGAGAUCAUCUGUCCCGAUUGUCGACUGCCACGCCUACUGUACCCAUCCAUCGGGGAUGGGUCACAUCCACCACCAAAUCCCAACGGCGAGUAUUGUCUGAACGGACCAAUGAUUACCCUGCCGGGCCAUGACGUGCACGGCAAGCUGUUUGCCGUGAUGCCGAACCCCAAGAAGAAGAAGACCGAGAAAGACCUCAGCAUCCCCGAGAUCCCCACCACCAAGUGUCCGAUCUGCCCGCGCUACUUUGUGAUGAACCGACUGGCCCAGCACCUCGACCGGUGCAUGAACAUUUCGGGCCGUGGUACUAGCACGCGCAACAAGACCCCGACAGACAGUGGCGCCAGCAGCCCAACCUCUUCCGCACCAAAGAGACCGCACGCAGAUGAAGACGAUGGCAGUCCCAGCCCGACCAAGAAGAAGAAGCUCGGUGCGCCCAAGAAGGGAGCCACCAGCAAGCCCGGGCCCAGCAAACUUAAGAACUCGUUCACCGUCGAGGAUAACGACGACGACGUCAAGAGCGAGAAUGCAGACGCCUGA